AUGAAGAAAGCAGAUAAGGAAUAUGUGGCUAGUGAGUUAAUGAAGAAAGCAGAUAAGGAAUAUGUGGCUAGUGAGUUAAUGAAGAAAGCAGAUAAGGAAUAUGUGGCUAGUGAGUUAAUGAAGAAAGCAGAUAAGGAAUAUGUGGCUAGUGAGUUAAUGAAGAAAGCAGAUAAGGAAUAUGUGGCUAGUGAGUUAAUGAAGAAAGCAGAUAAGGAAUAUGUGGCUAGUGAGUUAAUGAAGAAAGCAGAUAAGGAAUAUGUGGCUAGUGAGUUAAUGAAGAAAGCAGAUAAGGAAUAUGUGGUUAGUGAGUUAAUGAAGAAAGCAGAUAAGGAAUAUGUGGCUAGUGCGUUAGUGAACAAGGCAGAUAAGGAAUAUGCUAAUGAAAAAGAUAAUGAAAUUAAAGAAAGGGUUGAAUGGUAUCAUGAAUGGACAUCAAAGAUUUUAAAAAGUAAAGCUGAUACAGGAUGGGUUUCAGGAUGUUUAGACCUUAAAGCAGAUAAGGAAUAUGUCAACAGUGAGUUAGAGAAGAAGGCAAAUAAGGAAUAUGUGGAUGAAAUAUACCAAAGUUUGAUAGGAACAACUAAAAAUAUUGAAAC